GACAUCGAGGCCUAUGUGACCAUUCUCUAAAGUACUUAAGCUCGAAGAUCACGGAGCGGAAGCUGCAGGGCACGUGGCUGCCAGCUGGCCGAGGGAGCCUGGAGAAACCAUUACUGGGGCCACGCGGCUCCGAGGUGCCUGUGUUCAGCCCCCAGUGUGGCCUUCACCCCGUCCACGCUGAGAGCAGCCCGCUGAAGCCCCGGGUUGUGACCGUGAUCAAGCUGGGCGGGCACCCCCUCCGCAAGAUCACGCUGCUUCUCAACCGGCGCUCAGUGCAGACCUUCGAGCAGCUCUUGGCCGACGUCUCAGAGGCCCUGGGCUUUCCCCGAUGGAAGAGUGACCGCGUGAGGAAGCUGUUCACCCUCAAGGGCAGGGAAAUCAGGAGUGUGUCUGAGUUCUUCAGGGAGGGGGAUGCUUUCAUCGCCAUGGGCAAGGAACCACUCACGCUGAAGAGCAUUCAGGUGGCUGUCGAGGAACUGUACCCCAGCAAAACCCGGGCCCUGACCUUGACCCAGCACGGUCGGGCCCCCUCGCCAAGGCUGAGAAGCCGGCUUUAUAGCAAGGCUCUGAAAGGGAGUCACCAUGGUGGGGAAACGGAGACCAAGAGCUGUGGUGAGGCUGCCAGAUCCCAGGCCACCGUCAGACUUCUGGGGAAGACCCCUGGGGAGGACAGGUUGAGGGCCCGGAAGAUGUGGGUCAGAGGCAAGAGGGAGCCUGAGCCUGAUAGCAAGGUGCCCAGGGAAGCCACUCUGGAGAGGGAGGCCAGCGGAGAGAAGCACCUGGGGGUAGAGAUUGAAAAGACGUCGGGUGAAAUUAUCAGGUGUGAGAAGUGCAAGAGAGAGAGAGAGCUCCAGCAGGGCCUGCAGAGGGAGCGGCUCUCCCUGGGCACCAGUGAGCUGGACCUGGGCAGGUGUCCACGCUACGACGUGGACAAGCUGGUGAGGACCAGGAGCUGCAGGAGGUCCCCCGAGGAGAAGCCCCAGGGUGCAGAGGAAGGCUGGAAGGAGGGCCACAGGGGCAGUCCCGGGCACCCCCCUCAGGAGCUGGGGAGACCCAGCAAAAACACAGACAAGAAAGAAGACAGAGACCCCAGAGGCCAGGAGGGCCAUCCCCCAGCAUCAGCCAAGGCCAAGAAGGACCUGGGGGAAGUUCAGCCUGGCCGAGAGGAGGGGCCAAGAGACAGGAAGAAAGACAGCAGGAGCGCAGGCAGGAGCAGGCAGGGAGGUUGGCCUCUGAAGGAGCAUCAGGCCGACCUUGACCUGGAGAAGCUCCCCAGGACGCAGAGGGAUGAGCAGGAGGUGGAGAAGGAGAGGAAGCUAGGGAUGUCCAGAGGGAGAAAGAUGGUACUCCAAGACGAGCCGCCGGCCAGGCUAGAAAAGGAGUCCAAGACAAGGCCAGAGGAGAAUAAGGCCGAGCGGCGCGGCAGGAGGCGGCGGCCCGCGGGCAUCCUGGCGGCCGACGUGCGGAAGCAGUACGAGACAGGCCGCGUGAUCGGGGACGGGAACUUCGCGGUGGUGAAGGAGUGCAGGCACCGCGGGACCCGGCAGGCCUACGCCAUGAAGAUUAUCGACAAGUCCAAGCUCAAGGGGAAGGAGGACAUGGUGGACAGCGAGAUCCUGAUCAUCCAGAGCCUCUCUCACCCCAACAUCGUGAAACUGCACGAAGUGUACGAAACUGACACGGAGAUCUUCCUGAUCAUGGAGUAUGUGCAGGGAGGAGACCUUUUCGAUGCCAUCAUAGAAAGUGUUAAGUUCCCGGAGCGCGACGCCGCCCUCAUGCUCAUGGACUUGUGCAAGGCGCUGGUCCACAUGCACGACAGGCGCAUAGUCCACCGCGAUCUCAAGCCAGAAAACCUGCUGGUUCAGCGAAAUGAGGACAAAUCUACCACCUUGAAACUGGCCGAUUUUGGUCUAGCAAAGCAUGUGGUGAGACCUAUAUUCACUGUGUGUGGGACUCCGACUUACGUAGCUCCCGAAAUUCUUUCCGAGAAAGGGUACGGGCUGGAGGUGGACAUGUGGGCGGCUGGCGUGAUCCUCUACAUUCUGCUGUGUGGCUUCCCCCCGUUCCGCAGCCCUGAGAGGGACCAGGAUGAGCUCUUCAACAUCAUCCAGCUGGGCCGCUUCGAGUUCCUGGCUCCGUACUGGGACAACAUCUCUGACGCUGCCAAAGAUCUGGUGAGCCGGUUGCUGGUGGUCGACCCCAAAAAGCGCUACACGGCCCACCAGGUCCUCCAGCACCCCUGGAUUGAAACUGCUGGGAAGGCCAGCAGGGUGAACCCAGCAAAGGAGCUGGCCUCCAGCAGCGAGGGCCACUUGCGGAGCCAACAGGCGCGGGCUGCCGAGCAGACAUCAUAGUCCCGGCCCUGGUUCUGCCUGAGGACAAGAGAAGAGGAUAGCCUUCGAAGAGAAAAACAGUGAAAAAGCCUUCCUCCCAUAAUUGGAGAAUCAGGGAAGGAGAGACACUCAGUAUAUUUUAAAGCGUAUUUUAAAAAAAUGAACUUGGGUCUUCAUGUUAAAUGUUGUAACAUAUUUUUAGAUUUGUAUAUCUGAAGCCUUUAAUACAUUUUUUUGGGUGGGGGGAGACUGUUCUCAGUGAGGAAUUUUUGAUCAUAAUCACACGUUUUGCUUCUUCCUUGUAAUUGAGUUCAUGGUAUACUACAUGAGUGGUGCUUACCAGGGCCUAAAGUCCCCCUGUGAAAUUAAUAAACCGACUCGUGGUCCAUCUGUGUUAAUAAAAUGUGCUCUGGAUGA